AUGGACACCAUCGAGGAGCUGCGCAUGCUGGUUCAGAAACAUCCAUUGAUCGACCAGCAUGCGUACCGCGUCCCGAACCUAAACUUGACAGAAGAGUUGAGCGAGGAACAAGCUGAUAUGAUGAUGGGCAAGUCCUCGAAGGUUGCCACCCUGGCAACGCAGCGUGCGCUCCAUCAGCUCCAGGAGCUGUACGGCGAACCUUGCGACACAUGGGACGAUGUGCACACCGCUCGCUCGCGCUGCUUGACGGACAACUACGAUGAAUUUGUCCAGCGUUGUCUACAGGGCACGCACAUGCUCCUUCUUACGGACGUUGACUUGGUCCCCGGGGAGGUCGUUCUGCAAGAUUGGCCAAAGCAAUUCACUACAUCGGAGUCAAAGAAAAUUGUCUGUAUCGAGACGGUGGCAGAGGAAGUGCUGCAAAAGCUCAUGAAUGAGCAGCGUCAAGCGAACACGAGUGUGUUGAACCAAUUCCGCACCAGGUUCAUUGACGCAAUCAAUGAUUUCAUGAAUGACGCAGCUGUCGUGGCUUUCCAGACCGAUAUUUGUCAUCGUAGUGGUCUUGAUGUUGAUCCAUACUCACCAGACGAUGACACAAUGACCGCGGCGCUUCACCGUAUUCUGGACUUGGGAAACAGGAGCUGUGGUUAUUGCGUCACAGAAAAGCCAAUUCUGGACUGGAUGGUCGUCCAGAUCAUGAAGCUUAAUUCGUCUGGGAGAAGCUCGAGCAAGACCAAGCCCCUGCAGUUUUCAACUGCGCUUGCUGACGACCCGUCGCGUGUGGCUGACUUCGAGACGCGACCCGUCAGCGCCAAUCCAGUCUUAUUGGAGCCUCUGCUUCAAAGGUAUCUCUCCAAGGUUGUGCUACUCAAUGCAGGGUAUCCAUAUACAAAAGAGGCAUGCCUAGUCGCCAAUCGCCAUCGCGCUGUGCAUCUCGACCUUGGUGGGAUAUUUCCUGCUGUCAGUCGGGAUGGUCAAGAGCGAGUUCUUCGGGAGGUCUUUGAGACAAUGCCAAAUAGUCGGUUGCUCUGGAGCACGCACGGAAAUCAUCAUCCAGAAUCAUUCUGGUUAGCCAACAAGCAACUUCGACAGGCCUUGGAGCGGGUUCUCGUCGAUUACGUUGCAUGCGGCGACUUGAGCAUUCCACAAGCCAAGGAGUUAGCGGCCGACAUUCUCUUCCGGAACGCCAAUCGGCUUUACUCAUUGGGACAAAUGCCAGACUACGAAAUGUAG